CCGUACACCUGGCGCGACCAGAUCAACGCCCUGUCUUGGCUCGGGCUCUGCUACGGAGCCCUCGCUCUAAGACCUGCGCGGUUAUGGUUAUGGUGACACCGACGCCACGCAGAGCUUCGGCGCAUACACGAGCAUGCAUGUGGUGGGUGGUCUUAUUCCACUCCUCAACGCCGUAGCCGCCGGGGCGACCACUAGAUGGUCAAACACGUGGUGAACAUGAGUGCUGCGUUAACCCGCAGGAAGAAGCCUCUGUAGAGCUUGAGAGGCUCAAUGAGGAUGAUUGUUACAUGUGCAAUGCAGAUUUCAGUGAAGAAAAGAUCAUCAAUGGCGGACUCUAUAAUGAGCAGCACAAUGAAAUUAUCUUUGAUUCAAGCAAACCCCCACCAUUUAGAAUUGCUGAGAUCCGAGCAGCCAUUCCUAAGGACUGCUGGAUCAGAAAUCCAUGGAGGUCGCUGAGUUAUGUUCUCAGAGACGUGGUGGUGGUUUCUGCAUUGAUGGCAGCUGCUGUCUUCUUCAACACCUGUUUCUUUUGGCCGCUUUACUGGGUUGCACAAGGAACAAUGUUUUGGGCAAUUUUUGUUAUCGGACAUGAUUGCGGCCAUGGCAGCUUCUCAGAUAAGCCCAAGCUCAAUAGCGUUGUGGGUCACAUCUUACAUUCUUUCAUUCUCGUGCCUUACCAUGGAUGGAGAAUCAGCCACAGAAAACACCACAAUAAUCAUGGACAUGUUGAGAAUGACGAAUCUUGGGUCCCUUUGACUGAGAUGAUUUACAAGAAAUUAAGUGCAAGAACUAGAAGAUUUAGGUUCACUGUGCCUUUCCCCUUGUUGGCAUACCCUGUAUACUUGUUUUACCGAACUCCAGGAAAAGCAGGAUCUCACUUCAACCCGUCUAGUAACUUGUUUGCACCGAGUGACAGAAAACUUGUGAUAACUUCGACUUCUUGCUGGACUUUAAUGGUGCUCUUGCUAGCUUAUUUGUCAUUUGUCUUUGGUCCAAUCCAGAUACUCAAGUUCUAUGGCAUGCCUUAUUUGAUCUUUGUGAUGUGGUUGGAUUUUGUCACUUACUUGAAUCACCAUGGCCAUAAGCAGAAACUUCCUUGGUACCGUGGCAAGGAAUGGAGUUAUCUUCGUGGCGGACUAACGACUGUAGAUCGUGAUUAUGGAUUGUUCAACAAGAUCCACCAUGAUAUUGGCACUCAUGUUAUACACCAUCUCUUCCCUCAAAUCCCACAUUAUCACCUUGUAGAAGCAACAAAUGCAGUGAAGCCAUUGCUUGGAAAGUAUUACCGAGAACCGAAGAAAUCAGGGCUAAUUCCUUCUCACUUGCUCAAGACCUUGUUGGAAAGCAUGAGGCAAGAUCAUUAUGUGAGCAAUACUGGAGACAUUGUAUUCUACCAGACUGAUCCUACGCUGUUUAAUGAUUCUUCAAGCAAGCUGUACUGACUUUUUC